AAGUUACAGAAUUACAGUUUAGGUAAAUAGAGGGUUUAGGGGAGGCAGUACAAUGUCCAGAGGAAGCUUUUAGCCUUUUAGGCUUUUAGCCAAUCUUGAGAGAUUUCUCUCUCUCUCUCUCUGUCUCUAUUUUAACUCUUGCUCGUCACUCUCACACAGAUAGGUCGUCAUCUCCCCCUUGAUUUUCAGACCCAAAUAUCUUUAGCUCUUCUCCUCCAUCUUUUUCACUCUUGAAAUCCAAAACUUGACUUCUCUUUCACGUUCCUCCACACAAACACAUGCUUUUUUAAGCCGGGAUUCGAUCUUCUGCUUUGCUGAUGUUUUGUCCUUUCCUCCAUGAGCGAAAACUUCACUCCGUUGCACUUGCAGCUACAGGCUUUUUGGGGUUUCGCCUUCUAGCAGGCUGGUGGUGAUGUGCGAUUUGUUGGUCUCUUCAACAAAAACCCACAUCUGGGUCUGAGAAAUAUCCUACCUUUUUGUUAUCUUCCCUGUGUUUGCUUUGCCUCUUUGCCACUUCACAGCUUCAAAGGCGAACGGCCUGUCAAUCGUUUGAAAAAAAACCCAAUUCAGAUCCUCCAAAUCCCAAUUCAGUGCAAGUCUUAUUAUUAAUUUUCCACUCCCAAAAUCAACAAGAUUCUCCUCCAAGUCAUCAAAUCUUCAGAAACCCACAAUUUAGCCCUCAAAGCUCGCCUCUUUUUUCUUAAACCUAUAGUGAUUGCUACAUAAAGAGUCAAAAUGCAAGACCCAGCGAUAUUCCAACCCAUGAAACCCAACUUCCCAGAGCCAGAGCAACUCAAAUGCCCACGCUGUGGCUCCGCAAACACCAAGUUCUGCUACUACAACAACUACAAUCUUUCACAGCCCCGCCACUUUUGCAAGAAUUGUAGGAGGUACUGGACCAAAGGCGGUGCUCUGAGAAACAUCCCAGUUGGUGGCGGAACCCGCAAGAACGCGAAGCGACCGUCAAACCCAAAACGCUCCUCUUCAUCGUCUUCACUAUCAACAACAUCAUCAAGUUCGGCGGUGCAGAAUCCGCCUCCGGAGCCCGACCCGACCCGGAUUUAUGGUGCGGCGGCGGAUCAGGAGCGGCGGAUGCUGGAUGUCACCGGGAGCUUUUCAUCGCUUCUGGCGUCAAAUGGGCAGUUCGGAAGUUUUAUGGAGGUUCUGAAUCCAAAUGGGUCUGGUGAGUUUGCAGAGAAUUUGGAAUCGGGUCACGCGUUGGACACAGGUUCGGAUCGAAACCCGGCAAUGGCGGUGCAGAGUAAUAGCAAUUCGGAGAGUUAUUUGGGUCUGGCAAGUGGUGAUUCAAGCUGUUGGACCGGCGGCAAUGGGUGGCCGGAUCUUGCUAUUUACACACCAGGUUCAAAUUUUCAGUAGAGGGAGGUUUGUUUUGUUUAAUCUAUUAAUUUAAAAUCUAUACUUAGAAAGUACAGUGGCGACGAGAGGAGCAUGAAUAACUCAAGCUUAAUCGUAGCAUUUUCUAAUGCUAUGGAGGAGGGUGACAUGCCCCAAGGCCACAACACUAGCAUUCUAUAGGUAACCCAAAUGCCAAUGGUUUUUUCUUUUUUCUUUUUUUUUUCUUUUUUUUUGGUGGUGUGUUUGUUUGUACGGGUUAUAUGAAUGAAAUGAUUUUUAAACCAA